CCGAGUUGACGUCAAAGGGAUUGGUUCGGUGACAGCGCGAGGCCACGCCCCCCGCGGGCCGAAGUAGAGCGUUCUGCGUGGAGAGAGGGGGAGGAGGAGGGGAGGGGAGGGGAGCGAGGGGGCUGAGCUGAUCCGAUCCCACGUGUGACGCUGUCGUUCCCGGCUCAGUAAUAUUCUCAUAGCGGGGCUUUGCAUAUCUCCUGGCCUGCCUGCGCGCGUCCCUUGUCCCUGUUUAAGUGUCGUCCCAGCCGAUCCAAGUUCGGAAUCGCUAUGGAAGCAGACGGGAGUCCAGCCACAUCCGGAAGCCUCAACGACUCGCAACAUGACCCGGGCGAGAGCUGUGUCCUCCCCCUUUUUGUCGAACGCCGAGCCAGACUCGAUCAGUCUGCCUUGAUCCUUUAAGUAAAAUGUUUAUCGGCGGCCUCAGCUGGCAAACCUCACCAGACAGCCUUAGAGACUAUUUUAGUAAAUUCGGAGAGAUCAGAGAAUGUAUGGUGAUGCGAGACCCCACGACGAAACGCUCAAGAGGAUUUGGGUUUGUUACAUUCACAGAUGCUGCCAGCGUAGAAAAGGUCUUAGCUCAGCAACACCACGAAUUAGACUCAAAGACGAUUGAUCCUAAGGUUGCCUUUCCACGUCGCGCCCAGCCUAAGAUGGUCACAAGAACGAAGAAAAUAUUUGUGGGUGGCCUUUCAGCCAACACAGUAGUGGAAGAUGUCAAGCAGUAUUUUGAACAGUUUGGGAAGGUUGAUGAUGCCAUGCUUAUGUUUGAUAAGACUACAAACAGACAUAGAGGAUUCGGUUUCAUAACUUUUGAGAGUGAAGACAUCGUUGAGAAAGUCUGUGAAAUUCAUUUUCAUGAAAUCAAUAAUAAAAUGGUAGAAUGUAAGAAGGCCCAGCCCAAGGAGGUGAUGUUCCCGCCUGGAACAAGAGGGCGAGCCAGGGGUCUGCCCUACACCAUGGAUGCCUUCAUGCUCGGGAUGGGCAUGCUGAGUUACCCGAAUAUUGUGGCAACGUAUGGCCGUGGAUACACCGGAUUCACACCCAGCUACAGCUACCAGUUCCCUGGCUUCCCAGCGACGGCAUACGGACCGGUGGCGGCGGCGGCGGUCGUAGCAGCGCGUGGCUCAGGUAGGGGGGCCCGUGGAAGAGGCGGCUACUUGGCGUACCCACAGAGCACAGGGCCAGGCCUCCCCGAUUAUGGGUUUUACUCCGCGCCCGGUGACCAAAGGGGGGGGCCCUGCUCCUUUGCUGACUAUGGCUCCCUGGGGCCCCAGGCGGCUCAGAUGCUGCACAGUGAGCAUGCCACCUCCGCCUGCAACUCCCCCCUCCAGCACCUACACAGCCCGGAUCAGUUUAAGAACACAGGCGGCAACCCGUCGAGGCCCGGCGCAUUCCACGGCACCAGCAGCCCGGGGCCCGUGGCCGACAUUUACGGACCCAGCAGCCAGGAGUCGGCCGUGGGCAACUUCAUCAGCGCCGCCAGCCCACAGCCCGGUUCCGGGUUCGGCCCCAGCAUCACCAAAAGCGGCAGCUCCAAUUCCGCUCUUGAAUGUUCUCCAUCAUCGCCACCCCGAAAGAGGCUCGACGAGGCCGCCCUUAUCGCCUUCCAUCUUAAGUGAAGGAGUCCACUCCAUCACAGUGGCCGCAAAGUUAGUCCUGUUUUCUUUUUUUUUCUGUUUUUUUUUUUUUUGAAGCACUAUUCACAUGCGACAUCAAAGCUUUCAAGAUGGCAGGAAAGAGAGUCCAUUUCCAGUUGAAAGCGUCACCACCUCCCAUGCAAUAGACAUAUAUUUCCAAGUAUAUGCGUGUCUUCAUUAGGUAGGAGCCGUCCGCAGACUUGUGCUCAUGUCGUAGGGCCGUCCUGUCACUGUUCCAUUGUUGGAGUCCAUCCCAGGUACAUUGCGGGCCGCGUUUGUCGCGUCGCUCUCGGGCCAUUCCUAACACUUGCCCCCCUUUUUCCGUUUUUUAUUCCGUUAACCGACUUUUUAUGGCGAGAGACGGACAGACAGACUCGACUGACCUGAUCUGAAAGCAUCUUUCAGGUUACCAUAUAGGCUUGCUUAAGCCCCGUUGUAAAAUAUAUGGAAAAUAAUAAUGGAUGGAUGGAUGGGGGUCUCUCACAUAUCAAAUGUGGAAAGUCUAAUUUUAUAUUUGUAUUUUCAAAUAAUAAUAUUGACAAAAAAUGUCUGUGAAAGGUUUCCAUCCUCUACUGUGGUCCAGAAAUUGAUGUGUCUGUCUGGAAAAUAAAUACAAUAAA